UAUAUCCAUGCCAAAUUUUAGGUUUCUGCACUAAAGAUCACAGAGCAAAACCUCGGAUAGACAGAAAAACGGAUAUGGCGAAACUUUAAGUGUUCCUUGACUACGGAACCCUAAAAAGGGAGAAAAAAAGCCUUCAUUUAAAUAAACAUCGACCUAAUAUUUUCAGAUGCCGUCCAGGGCAAAAGCUCAAGGGUUAUAAAGAAAGUAAGCGACGAAGGCGAUGCCUGCAAAUAUUUUUCUCUCAAUGUUAGGGAAAAUAAUAAAAUCCUUGCUCGUUGUAAUUGUGCGUUUAGGUGAUUUAAGUAUGACUAUAAUAAAUCUGUAAGGAUGCCUUUUUGGUUUACUAGUCGCCAAACAAAAUUGACUGAUCCGUCUGGGUAUCCGUCCAGUUAUAUUUAGAAUAUUGAACCAAAUUGAUAGAUACAAACUGUCCAUGUAGCGCUACGCCAUCCUCAAUUUGGCGCGUGAACCAAUUACGAGUUGACAGUGUCGCCAACUUUCAGUAAAACACCGCAAUAAAGUGCGAUAUCCCGCUGCGAGAACGCUUUAUUUUCCUAUAAAAGCGUUUUAUCCACGUAUAAAAGCUUAAAUCCGCGCGGAGCUUUCUCCGGGCAAAAAGAGUAUUAGGGCGCUCAGAGCAACAUGGCAGCGGCACGCCCAUUGCGGGGCGAGGCGAGCCACGCGGCGCGCCAUUGGCGGGCGCCGCCUCCGAGCCGCCCGCCGCGCCCGCGCCGCCGGCUAGCCGCUGCGCGCCCAGCUCGCAGUCACACCGACCCGAGCCGCGCGACCCGACGUGCAGCGUGCAUCGCCUAUCCUACUCUCCGCGCGACUUUCGGACUAACACUCCAACUAGUGAACUCUAACUAACAGUGAAGUGAUACUAAUAUAAACAAUAAACGAGUGCGAGCCACCGCAGACAAGAAACCGAGGAACUUACAGUGCAGCAGUAGGGCAGGCUUUAGACCGGCGCGUGCGGCGAUGCGAGUGCGGAAGUGGCAUUGUACCGUAUAGCACUCAGUGCGCUAAUUUUGUGACUGUUCCCGAGCGAUGUGGGUGCGGUGACGGGGCUGCAGCAGCUUGGUCCGGAGGGUCCGCGUGCGCUGGAUGCGGUAAGGGGCGCGGCGGGCGACGCGAGCCCCGCCGGUGCCGGCGGCGCCGUGGCGAUGACGGUGCAGCGCGACGAGCGCGAGGCGCGCGCGCCGCGCACCAGGUUUAUGAUCACGGACAUCCUGGACGCGGCCCCGCGAGACCUCAGCGCGCACCGGGACUCCGACUCCGAUCGAUCAGCCACCGACUCACCAGGCGUGAAGGAUGACUCGGACGACAUUUCAAGCAAGAGCUGCGGUGGGGACUCGUCAAGCCUGGCCAAGAAGCAGCGGAAGGCACGUACGGCCUUCACCGACCACCAGCUCCAGACCCUCGAGAAGUCGUUCGAGCGACAGAAGUACCUCAGCGUGCAGGACCGCAUGGAGCUGGCUGCCAAGCUGGGGCUGACCGACACGCAGGUCAAAACGUGGUACCAAAACCGGCGGACGAAAUGGAAGCGUCAAACGGCGGUAGGGCUGGAGCUGCUGGCGGAGGCGGGCAACUACGCUGCCUUCCAGCGGCUGUACGGCGGGUACUGGGCCGGCGUGCCGGCGUACCCCGCGCAGCCGGCGCCGGCCGCCGACCUGUACUACCGGCAGGCCGCCGCCACUGCCGCCGCCGCCGCCUCCGCCAACACGCUGCAGAAACCGCUGCCUUACCGGUUAUACCCGGGAGCGCCGCUAGGGUCGGUGCCGCCACUGGGGCUCGGGCUGCCGGGCCCGUCCGCGCACCUGGGCGCGCUGGGAGCGCCCGCGCUGGGCGCGCUCGGCUACUACGCGCAGGCGCGUCGCACGCCCUCGCCCGAUGUGGACCCUGGCAGCCCCGCGCCGCCGCCGCGGUCCUCGAGGGAGCCCUCGCUCGACCGCCGCACCGACGACGACGACGACGAUGAACCUAUACACGUAUAAUUCCAGUGAUUGUGAUCUAUGGACCAGUUAAAUUAAACAAAACUUGCAGGUCGACAAAAGACAAUUAACUUGCGAAACUUGUGAGACUGCGAAAGUGAAGACUUUACGUGCGCUAUCGUGUUUUGGUAUUCUAUUUUGUUACCUUGAUCCCAAUUUUGGUAGUAUUAAAUUAUUGCUCCAUUUACGUAUGAUGACGUUGAUUUGACAAAUCCGUUACGUAUUAGCUUUUCUACCGUUCUUAAUAUCGGGGAGUGAUCGUGAAGUGUGGACGGCGGCAGUCCAAAACAUGUGAUAUCUUAAACCCAGAUUUGAUAUAAGAACUUUUAACUUAACGUGUACAAUAUUAAUUGAUGUGGUAGAUAUAACUAUUAGUAUUAUAGAGUACACAUGCUUGAAGAGGACAAUGUGUCGGUCGGACUUUGAGACCAUAGGUCCUUCGUCGGCGGGUCAUAAAAACGCUACGCGUGAAAUUUUAUGAGUAAACUUAUAUGAUACACAAAAGUGGCUUUAUCAUCUCAGAAAGCUCGUUGAAAAAUAAUUGCUCAGUAGACCUGCUAAGCGUAUAGAUAAGUAAGUUCCACGUGGGUAAGCUAACUGCCUAAAAGCACGUUCGCACGCUAGGCGUUUGCUGGAUAAUUCGCCGUUAACGUAGCAUGAACAAUUGAGCAAAUCGCGUUCAGGCGGACAGAACGUCCACUACUCUGCGGGCGUGCUCCCUCGCCAUCCUAACAAUAAGCUACCUGUAUUGAUGACUCUGGUUAUGGCAAUAACCGAGUACUCCGGACUGGGCUCAUGAAAAGAUUGCGAGAUUUCGUACUUCAAUAUAGUUUUUGAUAAAUUGUGAACUGCUGGUAGUGUCGGGGCACCGCAAAUAUAUUAGGGUUCUGGCUAUAUGCAUGUGUAGUAUCACAAGCACACCUAGUGAAUGUUUCUUAUGUUCUGUCGGAGGUUAUAGAAAAUGUGCAAUAACUAUUGUGCACGUUAUCUGACCCUACCGUUUCGAACCGAUGGCUAGACAGCGUGAAGAAUUCCAUCCUGUUGUAGCGGAAUGUGCACAUGACAACCAAGGACUUCUUUGCCUUCAGUGUUUUUGAAUAAGCAAACACUAUUUUGUUCUUGUAAAGUUAGACAUUUAAGCACUUUUUCGUUACGGCUGAUUUGUUUGGAUUUACUUUAUUAAAUUUUUUUGAAUAACCUAUUGGGUAUACCUAAAAGGUAUUGGUAAAGGUAUGUGUACCAUGUACCUAAUUGUUUUUUUAAAUUUGGCCGUUACUCGAAUCUUUCACGAACACAGUCAGGAUGUACUUAAAACCCUAUUCUAGCAAUGGGAAAUAUUGAAUAAGUUAGAUAUAUAAUAAUAAAUGUUUUCGAAACACGCAAUAAUCGAAAUAGUAGUUAAGUAAAAAAUUGUGUGUAGUGAUGCAACAUUCCAAAAAGAAUUGGAAACCUUUGCAAAAUUGCAGAAACUGUAUAUUAUAUUAUCUAUAUAAAUAUAACUAAUGAUAUUAUGUAUGUAUUGUUAGUAUUAAAUACACAGCUAAAGUAUUAAAUGUAUGUUGAGAAGUACCUUAUGCUUUCGGGUACCAGCUAUGGCGAUGUACUUAAGCAUUCCGACCGUGACAUGCUAUGUCCGAUAGAUCUUGUGGUGUUUUGUAAUUAAAAUGUUGUCAAUUAAGAUAA